AUUACACAAUAAACGUGACACAAUUAGCAGGUCAACGUCCCGGAAACAAUACGCGAAAUAUAACACGCGUGACCCAUCCUUCCCCGUACCAACACACGCAGCACGCAGCUACCCCCAAUAGUUUGAAUAUAGUAUUCCCCGAAUGCCAACAAAUGACUACUACACGUUAAGUGGAAGAUCCAAGUUCCCGAAAGCCGCCCUCUCCCGGCUUAUAAAUAUGACGUCCGAACGCGUCCAGCUCAGUCGCACAGGAGAGCUCGAGGUGUUAGCACUGUGCCAACAUCCGCACUUCCAGAGUGACAACGUGAUUCCUAUACCGUUUACGCUACAACAAAUUAACCGAUUACUCAAUCCGUUUCGUAAUUUGGCUUGAUAUCAAAGCGAUAACAUCGUUAGUGUUGACGUGUGUGUUACAAAAUGUUGGACAAGACGAUUCUUGGAGGCAGUUGGGAGAGUGUGAUCUCGCGUGAUGAGUACGAGGUCGACUACAGCCAGAGCCCCAGGGGGUCGCCGUUGAAAGACACUUCUAACAUACAAGAGGAGCAACCGUACUUGAUCAGCCGCCACAACCCAAAUAAGACCUUCCGCCGUGAAUCCGUCAUAGCAUCUUGGAAGAGCCUGAAGAAAGAGCGCGAGCAAGCUUUGGGCAAGCGGAUCAUUUACGUAGAUGCUGACACGUAUGAGGAUUACUAUGGCCGCAACAAGGUCAAACGAUGCAAAAGCGAGAGGACCGCAAAUCUCCCCCGAAUCCCGAAGAAAGUGAAGCGGACAUAUUCAGUGCUCUAUCGUUAUGACCCCAACGAAGAGAAGGUUGUGAAAGAAUACAAGUACCAAUUGCCGAAAGAGGAUGAGACGCCACGUCAGUACGGAUUACAGAAAUCACAGUCUGAACCGUUCUUGAGGCCCGAAAGAACGCCAAAGAGGAAAGUGAAGAGAUCCAUUACCACUCUAUUGAACAUCAAGACGAAAUUCUUAAAUAUUUUCUCCUCCAAGAGUUAGACAUUAAGAUAGAUUUUAGAGGUUAAGUUGCUCAAUUUCAUGCAUUUUAGUGGGACGGAUGAUCGAAGAGAUGUAAAGUAAAUGGAUAAAACCCGCUCCGUGAUUGGGUUUUAGGAAACUUUACCAACUCUGUUGUGAUAGCGUUGCUCAGUAUGCUUUAAAGAGAAAAAAAUUUAAUGAAAUGUACGUUGAAGUGCUUUUAGUAGUUAUAAAAUAAGUGUUGUUUUUGUACCAAAGGCCAUUUCUCAUUAAAUUGGAGAUAUUAGUAGUAAUUCAUAGUAAGUCUGAGACGAAUUAUUUUCGAGUCUACAUCAACGUAAAGUAUUUGUCACAUGCAGUAGGAGUUCGUAAAGUAGAGCGGAACUAGAAUCAAAUUUCUAAUUACGAGAAUUGGUCUGUAUAGUACUAAAAUCGUGAUAUUUACUGUGUGUUGUGAUAUAUUAAUAAUAGAUUUCGUUUUAUAAACCAUUGAAAGGUUUAUAAAUUUUGAUAAUCUUAAUAUUUCUUAAGCAAUUUAUCACUCAUUGUAUUAAUGGUAAUGAA